UUGCAUCGACUCCAAGUCAAUCCGCUAGCGCUGUUGUUUUCGUUUUUGCGUCGGCAGUAACGCAAGCGUGGCUUGGAAGUAAUUAUGACUGCGUUUGAAGAGAUGGGCGUCUUGCCCGAAAUCGCGCGGGCAGUCGAGGACAUGGAGUGGACACUCCCGACUGACGUGCAGGCUGAAGCUGUACCGCUCAUUCUCGGAGGUGGCGACGUUCUUAUGGCUGCUGAAACAGGUAGUGGAAAGACGGGUGCCUUCUGUUUGCCGAUCCUGCAAAUAGUGUGGGAGACACUGAAAGACGACGAGCUUGGCCGAGGCAAGAAGGGCAGCGCAGACAAACCGGCCAGUGCCUCCACAAAAUGGGCCAUGAGUUUCUUCGACCGGGGAUCGGCGCUCGCCGUGAGCCCUGAUGGUCUGACGACUCAGAGCCGGGACCAGAAAGGCUGGCAUGGAUGCCGUUGCACCAAGGGAGUCCAGUACAGAGGAAAGUACUAUUACGAAGCCAAGGUCACUGAUGAAGGCCUCUGCCGUGUGGGGUGGUCUACGCAGGCUGCAUCUCUUGAUCUUGGAACCGACAAACAAGGCUUUGGAUUUGGCGGCACUGGAAAAAAGUCCUUCGGAAAGCAGUUCGACUCGUACGGGGAGCCUUUUGGAAUGCAUGACGUGAUUGGGUGCUACCUCGACCUGGACAACGGGAGCAUCAAGUUUUCCAAGAAUGGUACCGUCUUUGAGGAAGCUUUCCAGAUACCACAAAACCUGAAGCGGUGCCCCAUAUUUCCAUCUGUUGUCCUCAAGAAUGCCGAAAUGGAGUUCAACUUUGGUGCCACACCUUUCAAGUAUAUGCCGCUUGAUGGCUACGUGGCAGUUUCGUCUGCACCAAAAGAGUGCGUCGCCGAGUCCACAGUCACAGGAGCGUCUGUUGGUGCUCCCAAGAGUGUCAAGAAUGCGCCCCAAGCAAUAAUCAUUGAGCCCUCUCGAGAGCUUGCCGAGCAGACGCUGAAGUGCAUCACAAGCUUUAAGAAGCACCUGAAGGAUCCUGUCAUCAGGGAGCUGCUUGUCAUUGGAGGUGUCGCUGCAAAGGAGCAGAUCGAAACGCUGAGGAAUGGGGUUGACAUCGUGGUCGGAACGCCUGGUCGUCUUGAAGACCUGAUCAGCACGGGGGAGCUUAGCCUUACCCAGGUGCGGUUCUUCGUCCUUGAUGAAGCGGACGGCCUGCUGAACCAAGGGAACAAUGACUUGAUCAACCGGAUCCACCGGCAGAUACCCCAGAUAACAGCCGAAGGAAGGCGUCUGCAGAUGGUGGUGUGUUCGGCGACCCUUCAUUCUUUUGAAGUCAAGAAACUUGCCGAGCGCCUGAUGCACUUUCCUACCUGGGUGGAUCUGAAGGGCGAGGACAGCGUUCCAGAAACAGUGCACCAUGUGGUGUGCGUUGUGGACCCGAGAAAGGACACCUCUUGGAUGAAUGUGAGCAGGCAUGUUGUGACGGAUGGAGUCCAUGAGCGAGACAAUGUGCGACCCGGUGCCAACACCCCCGAGACCCUGUCAGAGGCUGUGAAAAUCCUGAAGGGGGAGUACACGGUGCGUGCCAUCCAGCAGCAGAACAUGGACCAGGGCAUCAUCUUCUGCCGCACCAAGCUGGACUGCGACAACCUCGAGAAUUACCUCAACCACCUGAGCAAGGGAUCCCGUGGUAAGGACAACCCAUUCUCCUGCGUUUGCCUCCAUGGUGACCGGAAACCACAGGAACGGAAGGCCAACCUGGAAACGUUCAAGAGGGGUGGCGCCAAGUUCCUUAUCUGCACUGAUGUGGCUGCUCGUGGUAUCGACAUUUCAGGUGUGCCGUUUGUGAUCAAUGUGACCCUGCCGGAUGAGAAGUCAAACUAUGUUCAUCGCAUUGGCAGGGUUGGACGAGCUGAAAGGAUGGGUUUAGCCAUUUCUCUUGUUGCAGCUAUUCCUGAGAAGGUGUGGUACCACUCCAACUGUUCAAGCAAGGGUCGCAACUGCUUCAACACAAACCUGACAGACCGCGGUGGCUGCUGCAUCUGGUACAAUGAGCCGCAGUACCUGGCAGAUAUCGAGGACCAUCUUAAUGUCACAAUUCAACAAGUAGAGCCUGACCUCAAGAUCCCUGCCGAUGAGUUUGAUGGCAAGGUGGUCUACGGGCAGAAGCGCCGGGAGAUGGGGAGCAACUAUGCUACGCACACAGCACAGAUGGCACCAGCUGUACAGGAGCUGGCUCAAUUGGAAAAGAAGUCGCAGUCCAUCUUCAUCCAGCGUUACUAUCUCAAGGAUCAGUCGUUUCUGAGAUAGGAACCCACUCGUGAAACGGCUUUUGCAGUUUGAGGGUCUUUUUGUUUUUUGUUUGUCGUGUGCGUGUUCAUUGUCAAAUAAAUUAACUUGUCUGGCUUCA